UUUAGUGCUUUUCCUACCCCUUUUAAGUCAUAUGAAAUUGUAGCCUUCUUCACAUUCGGUGUGUUUUUAAAGUGUCUUUUAUGAACAAAAAGGAAUAGUUCACACGAAACAGUGAAACAACUCACCUUCAAACUAACUGCAAUUCUCACGUGAAAAUUCCUUUAUCCCUCCCUCUCCGUCCCUCUCUGUCUCUAUAUGGUGUAUACUUUUUUCAAAUGGAUGCUUGCUGUCUUUGUUAGUAGCUCACCACGUGACAAAUGCUGCUGCUUGCGGUGAUUAAAGAUAAGAACUUUUUGUUUUGAGUUGCAUUUGCCUAGUUCCUCUUUGAAAACUUUGUUGACGAGUGGUACCUCUAAACAAAAUUUGGCAGCCUUGAAGGUUCUCUUCUUCAAUAGCUUCAUUAGGUUCUGUCUAGCUUUUGUUUUUCCCAAGAAAAUUUGACUUUUAGCGUCCUUCUGUCUCCCUACAUAUAUAUUAUAAUAAUGUGGGGAUGUAGUUUGCUUUGAUUGAUUUUUUUCCUAUAAGAUCGACAUUUGGGAACGUAGGCAUGUUUCAGUUUCCUAGCGAGUGAGGGUCAGAGAGAUUAUAUUUUAUUUUUGUGUGUUAGAAGAUCUGGGAGCAAUGGGAAAACUCAGUUUUGGCAAGAUGCUAGAUUGUUUAUAUCUGUCUUCAGGCUCUUGCUCUUGUUUCUGCAUGAACACGUUGGAGGAUGAGUUUGAGAAAAAGCCAUUGAUAACAUCUGACAAAACCCAGUUGCUGAGAUUGAAAGACGUCGUUGCUGGCAACCAGACCUUGGCCUUUCAACUUAAGCCAAAGAUGGUGGUACUAAGGGUAUCCAUGCAUUGCCAUGGCUGUGCAAGAAAAGUAGAGAAACAUAUUUCCAAGCUGGAUGGAGUGACCUCAUAUGAAGUAGACCUGGAAAGCAAGAGGGUGGUUGUUAUUGGUGAUAUAAUCCCUUUUGAAGUGCUGGAGAGUGUCUCAAAGGUUAAAAACGCAGAGCUUUGGACUUCUUGUUGAUGGAUGAACAAUUUGAACAUCAUUUUGCUUUCCUAUGCUACCAGCUUGUACAUCCUAAAAGACUGAAGACCAUAUAAAAUGGAGAUCAGAACCAAAAAAAAAAAAAUCUACUUCUCUACUAUUAUAAGGAUUUAUUAUGGUACCGUAUAUCGAAUUGCUAGCAGCAAAACGAUGUUGUAAUUAUUACAAUAUUUUUAUAGCAGUAGUUAUUUUGUGUACUGUGACUUUCUUUUCUU